CUGGAGUAUGGGCGAGCCUCGCUGCGUCGCAGCCCCUACUGCAACCCCUCCUCUCCCGGCCGCGGGCUGAGCCUCCCUCCUUGCCUGGAGCUUCCCACGGGGAGAGGAGGAGGGGGAGGAGGAGGAAGGAUCGGAGGGGAGGGAGGAGCAGAGGGGGACUAUUCUGAGCGGUCCGCGCUGCCCCCGCCCCUCGCGCUGUUGGUGAAGGCUCCUUCGAGCCUGGCCGGUACAAGUCUGUCCUUCGACGUCAGGGGGUCAUUAAUAACCAAUUAGGAGGGUCACUGCGGCUCCUAUAAAGGAGCUGAGAUUUUGCCAAGGGGAGGACGGUCCGGAUGUGCAGGAGGCGAGUGGGCAACCGAGAGCCCUUGGUCGGUGUCUCUCCGCAGCCGCCCGCCUCUCACCUCUCCCGCUCCCCUCCUGGUACCCGCCCCUGUCUCCACCCGCGGAUUUCCAGCCCUCUGUGCGGCCUCUACCAUCUCUGCAGAUUUCGUGUUUCUCCCACCUGGUUCACUUUCCUCCCAGCCACCCCCUUGCCACUCACUCCCUAGCGCAUCCUCCCCCUGCUCCUCCUCCCCCUCCUCCCUCGCGUUGUGUCGCACUCCUCUCCUCUCACUCCUGUGCUCCCUCUUCGUUGCCCACCUCUCCGAAGUCCACCCAAGCCGUCCUUCCGCUGCGCCGGCGCGCCCCUGGCCGCCCAUGAUGGGCUCUGUGCUCCCAGCUGAGGCCCUGGUGCUCAAAACAGGGCUGAAGGCUCCGGGGCUGGCGCUGGCAGAGGUCAUCACCUCCGACAUCCUGCACAGUUUCUUAUACGGCCGAUGGCGCAACGUGCUAGGUGAACAGCUGCUCGAGGACAAGAGCCACCACGCCAGCCCAAAGACUGCCUUCACCGCCGAAGUCCUGGCGCAGUCCUUCUCAGGAGAGGUGCAGAAGUUGUCCAGCCUGGUGCUGCCGGUGGAAGUGAUCAUCGCUCAGAGUUCCAUCCCCGGCGAGGGCCUUGGCAUCUUCUCCAAGACGUGGAUCAAGGCAGGCACAGAGAUGGGUCCCUUCACUGGCCGCGUCAUUGCCCCAGAGCAUGUGGACAUCUGCAAGAACAACAACCUGAUGUGGGAGGUAUUCAACGAGGAUGGCACAGUACGCUACUUCAUCGAUGCCAGCCAGGAAGACCACCGAAGCUGGAUGACCUACAUCAAGUGUGCCCGGAAUGAACAGGAGCAGAACCUGGAGGUAGUGCAGAUAGGCACCAGCAUCUUCUACAAGGCCAUAGAGAUGAUCCCUCCUGACCAGGAGCUGCUGGUGUGGUAUGGAAAUUCCCACAAUACCUUCCUGGGCAUCCCUGGUGUGCCGGGACUGGAGGAGGAGCAGAAGAAAAACAAGCAUGAGGACUUCCACCCGGCGGACUCCGCGACCGGCACCGCGGGUCGCAUGCGCUGCGUCAUCUGCCACCGUGGCUUCAACUCGCGCAGCAACCUGCGCUCGCACAUGCGCAUCCACACUCUGGACAAGCCCUUCGUGUGCCGCUUCUGCAACCGCCGCUUCAGCCAGUCGUCCACGCUGCGCAACCACGUGCGCCUGCACACGGGCGAGCGCCCCUACAAGUGCCAGGUGUGCCAGAGCGCCUACUCGCAGCUGGCCGGCCUGCGCGCACACCAAAAGAGCGCGCGCCACCGGCCGCCCAGCGCCGCGCUGCAGGCACACUCGCCCGCGCUGCCCGCGCCCCACGCUCACGCCCCCGCGCUCGCCGCCGCCGCCGCCGCCGCCGCCGCGGCGCACCACCUGCCGGCUAUGGUGCUGUGAGCGCCGCGCACGCGCCCCGCGCGCACGCGCCUCCCCACCGCCGCUGCGGCGGACCUGACCCUAGUGCCGCGCGCCGCCGAGGCGCGGGCUACCCGGAACCCACUUCUGAUCGGUCUCGCAGAGGAAGAUGCCGAGGGGCGACGUCCUCUUUGCCUAGGCCACCCGGCUGGUGUGGCUGCCCUGUGGCCUCUUCUUGGGAACAGGUCCCCACGCCCGGCCCCAUCCCGGAGUCUCCUUCCUGCAGGGCCGCGCCCCCAUGCGAACAUCUCUUUCGUGGAUGACAGGAGAGGGACAGACGAUCUCCAAAGAGAGCUUAGUACUUGGAAGUGGAAGGGAGAAUCACCUCCUUGGUCCAGGGUGGGCCCGGGACGGGCAGUGCCCAUCUCUGCCUCGGGGCCGAAAGGCUAGAUUAGAACAGACCCGGAGAGACCUGCUCUUCUGGCCCCUGCUUUCCUUCAGGCUACUUUCCCAGCACCCGGCUCCCAGGGAAAGACGAGACGCCAAUACACUCUGAAGUGUGUUGGGCAAGUUGAGAGUGGAGACACAAGGAACAUUCACCAUAAUUCCUGGGCAAGACCCUGUCCCUUUUGGAGCCUCAAUUUCCCCAUCUGUAGAACGCGGGAGUUAGACCAGUGCCCCGCUCCAAAAGCUCUGCUGUCUUCGAGUUUAGGAAUGGAGAGGCACCUUCACCUCCACCCUACUACGCACCCAAACAAGAGAAUGAUCGACCGUACAGGGCAGUCUGGAGCCGAGGUUGGCUUCUCUGUGCAGAAAACCCUCUGAGGCGCUGGGGCAGGGGGCCGGGGUUCGUCCCCACGUGCCCACACUGCCACGCGCCCCUGCCCACGCCUUUCCCUGCUCCAACCGUGGGCGCCCUCUGGUGUCAUCUCAAACCUUGUCAUUAACCAGAAUCCUCCCAACACACUCACUCCCUCCACACACCAGGGCGUUUGUAAAAUUAAAAAACAAAAACAAAACAAACACAAAACUAUAAUAAUAUUAACAAAAAGUAUAGAAUGUAUAGAGUUUUCAAGAAAGUGUGUUCUACUCCCAGAAAACGGUCACUUUAACUUUGUAAAUGUUUAUCUAAGAUGAUAUUUACGAAACUGUGAUAUAUAUUAUUUGAUUGUAUAUGUACAACUGUAAAUACAUUUGUACUUCUCUUGUAUUCUAAAAUAAAAAUUACUUGGAACAUGUA